UAAUAUGCAUGUUGCCUUCAUGGCGGCAAGGUCAAGAGUCGCUCCACGGAAACAAAUCUCCAUAGCUCGUUUAGAGCUUUGUGCUGCAUUGACAGGAGCACAACUAGGAGACGUCUUGAAGAAAGAGCUGACCUUAGAUAUCUCCAAAUUCAUCUAUUGGUCUGACUCCACUACAGUUCUUUCUUGGCUGCAGUCUGAUUCUUGCAGAUACCGAGUGUUUGUAGGAGUUAGAGUCACCGAAAUCCAAGAGUUGUCUGACCCUGGAGCUUGGCGCUAUGUCGAUUCAGCAGCCAAUCCUGCUGAUGAUAUCACGCGUGGGUUAUCACUGGUUCAACUAGCUAAAGAAACACGAUGGAAACAAGGACCAGCCUUCUUAAUGCAGUCUAGCAGUUGUUGGCCUAAGGCACCAGAAGGACAGGCCCCUGAAGAAGUUCAGGAACUUAAGAAAUCUGUGUUUUGCGGCUCAUUGACUGAACAUAAACUGCAAGUUGAACCUGAUCCCAAUCAAUUUAGUAGCUAUCCUGAUUUACUAGAGGCUACAGCACGAUUCCUUCAUGGGGCGGCUGAUAACACUGAUUCACUCAGUGCAGAUGCGUUUCAGAAGGCAGAAUUGUCUAUCCUUAGACAAUGUCAGAUGCAUGACUUUCCUGACGAAUUUGCUUUACUCAAGGGAGGAAAAGACAUUUCUGUACAUAGCCGACUCCUUAAGCUUGCUCCUGAAUAUGACAAAGAACAAGACUUGAUUAGAGUAGGAGGACGACUUCGUAGGUGCCAUGGAUUGAGUGAUGCAGUUCUACACCCUAUUGUUCUGUCACAAGAUCAUCCAGUAGUUAAACUCCUAAUAAAGCAUUAUGAUGAUCAACUGCACCACCCGGGAGCUGGCAGGGUGUAUGCUGAGCUGCGGCGUAAGUUUUGGAUUUUGCGAGGAAGAGAGGCAAUUAAAAGACAUCAGCACCACUGUCUUGAUUGUAAUAAAUGGAGAGGCAAACCAAAGAUUCCCAGAAUGUCAGACUUACCCACAUCAAGUCUGAGGUUAUGUAGACCCCCUUUUUACUCCACCGGAGUAGAUUGUUUUGGACCACUGUUAGUGAAGGUUGGCCGCCGUACUGAGAAAAGGUGGGGUGUCAUAUACAAGUGCCUCACUACUCGAGCUGUACAUCUUGAUCUGUUGGAUCACAUGGAUGGAGAUUCAUUCCUGCUGUCUCUCAGGCGUUUCAUUGCCAGAAGAGGGAAACCCUAUGAGAUUCUCUCUGAUCAGGGAACAAAUUUUCGAGGUGGAUGUAAAGAGCUGGAGGACACUUUCUCCCAUAUGCAGACCAGCAUUAGAGACCAGCUAGCAAAGGAACAAAUCAGAUUCAAGUUUAAUCCACCCAGUGCGCCUCAUUUCGGCGGCUCAUGGGAAAGAGAAGUGAGGUCUGUAAAGACAGCCUUAAGAAUCACCUUAGGUGCUCAGACCGUUACUGAGGAGGUAUUGAGAACCAUCUUGAUCGAGGUGGAGGGCAUUCUUAAUUCUAGACCCUUGGGUUAUGUCUCUAGCGACAUAGCAGAUCCAGACCCAGUAACGCCAAAUUCUUUACUGAUGGGGCGGCCUGACUCCUCCUUGCCCCAAGUUGUCUAUUCAGACCAUGAAUUACUCAGUAGAAAAAGAUGGAGACAUAGUCAGGUUCUGAGUGAUCAUUUUUGGAAGCAUUUUAUUCACGACUUCCUACCCACAUUGCAGUCAAGGCAGAAAUGGUACAGAGAGAAAGAGAAUAUUGCAGUUGGCACUGUAGUACUCAUUGUUGAUGAGCAGAUCCCAAGAGCGCUCUGGAAAGUUGGUACUGUCUCUGCUGUCAUUCCUAGUUCAGAUGGGAGAGUCAGAACAGCAGUGGUCAAAGUGAAAGAUCAAACGUACACAAGACCAGUAGCUAAGUUGAUUGAAUUGCCUUCCUUACCCCAGACACAGAAAGUUCCUUAUAGACCCUACUAAUGGCACAUUUGCAUACCAAAUUUGGGGGCGGCUGUGCAAAAGGUCAUGGUCAAGUUACAUUUAUUUUAAUAUUAUAGUCGUUUAGUAUUCUAUUCAAGUGUUGCGCCUGUUGAGUGGGCGGAGUUUAAUCGGAAGUCUCGCGAGUUUGGUGAAAAUAGCGUGAGAUCAGAUAUACGGCAAUGGAGAAAAAGAAGGAAGAAAUGCGGUCCAUGUUAGUAUUGUAAAUUCAUGCGGCAAGUUGGAUUAAAGCCAUCAAGCUAUAGAUUGAUAAUAUAGCUCUCAGCUGGUGAGCAGUUUGGCAUUUCGGAUGUGAUGGGCGGCCGAUGUUGUGUGAUCGCUUCAGAAGUUGCUGGAAUUAUAUGGUGAAUAUCAGCGCGUGCGUCAUUGCAGAACAACCACACGUUUAUCUACGUUUGUCCAGCGGACUUUAAUCACACAAACCCAACACACACACUGAAUAUCGCAGCACACGAAGCUACAGGCCUCACUGUUAUCACCACAUCAUAUUAACCCUAUCAGUAUCAAACAAAGAUCCCUACUAACAUACCGUUUGUUCAAGUUCCAAAUGUGAUGACAUCACGUCUGAGGAUCGACGUCUGAAGAUAUCUGUGCCUUCCUUUCAUUAAGUGGACAUUCUCUGGAAACCUGGGACUUGUUGGGACUGAGUAUUCUCAAUAACACAUUUCACUGCCUUAUAUCAACAUUAUUGUAUCUUUUUAUUUAAAGAACAUUGUUGUUUUAUUGUUUUGGUUAUUUUGCGUAGGCCUACGCUGUUUUAUUGUGUCAUUUACAUUGUGUUAACAUUGUGAGAAAAUAAUUCAUUUUUUCAUUAAUACAUUGAGUUAAUUGGA